UUUCGUUGAUGCACGUUGCGGCGCCCCGACGACGACGGCACGACGCUUCUAUCUUUUGACAAUACUGUUUUGGUUUUUUUUUUGUUCGCUAGCGAGCCGUCCGUUCGGGAGGGUUUUCUUUCGGACGCCGGUCGAGGUUCUUGUCGCGUGCAUUGUGGAUUUUUUUGCCGAUUAUUUUGGUUUUUUUUUGGAUUUGUCGCGGUUUUCGUGAAACUUAUUUAUUUUGUUGUGUGAUUUGUAUAUUGUGAUUUUGCCGGAUUUUGUUGAUUUCAAACAUUUUUACUGAGAAGUGGACGCUGGGAUGACCUGAGGAGUGUUUAUCAUCAGGGACUUUGUAAGGAAUGACCGGUUCUAUAUGUUGUCGACAAUGGCUACCGUUACCUCCGGCAUUAUAUCACCGAAUCCCUAUGGCUUGACCACAGAUCCGAUAAAGAUGUCGUCGGAGAACGUCGAGCAGUACGCGCGUUACCGUCGCGACGACGACCGCGAACCGUCCGAUUCGAACGCGAACAGCAGCGAUUCGGACCAGGACGCGUACGCGGCGUCGUCGCCGAAGGCCGACGAUCUGCCCAAGCGGAACAAGAGGAAGAACUUCAAGCCGCGCUGCUCGAACGUCACCUAUCCGACGAACAACGACGCCUACGACAACGAGGCGGCGCUCAAUCUCAGCGAAUUCGACAACGACAACGUGAACAACAACAACAACAACAACGCCAGGAGGAGGAAGACGGCGUCGACGCGGAAACUCGUCGUCGAUCCGAGGUUCUGUCCGAUGGAUCUGAGCAAAGCGACUUACAGCGAAUCGAACAGCGAUUCGGAAUUCAACGAGAACUAUCCGAAUUCGGACAACGACGACGAGACGAACGAGAACAGCAGCGAGAACGACUCGAAAAUACCUCAGAGCUUCUCCAUACAUAAUCUGUCGAAGCCGCACGUGCCCGAUUUCGGCCAGACGGCCACCAACAUCAGCCAGGAGCAGAUGAUGGAGAUGCGCCAGUACGCCAUGAACACCAUGAGGGAGCUGCUGGGCAUCUACGGCCUCACCUCGGAUGUCUUCGAGAGCAUAUCGAGGCAGCUGCCCAUGGGCGCCUUCAGCACCGGCAAAAUCUUCGAGAAUUUCACGUUGAACACGCCGCCGAAGAAGGACGGCACGCCGCCCUCGCAGCCGCCGACGCCGCCGUCGACGCCGCUGUCGCCGAAAUCGGGCGACGCCAACGCCAAGCUAACGCACAUUCCCUCGUCCUUAAGUCUGACCGCUCAUUCCCAAUCUAGUCAAAAAUUACCUCAAUCCCGCGCGUCGCCGCCGCCGCCGCCGCCUCCGCUCUGCCAAAGCACGCCGCUGGACCUGGGCAGGCGGCCCUACACCAACGGCGUGGCCCAUUCGCAGGAGCCCGUCUACAGCCAGGCCGAGCUGGAGGCUCUCAGGCGAGUGAAACAAGAGACUGGUUGCGGCGAUAGUACGUCUAGUGGGAGGGGUAUUUUUCCUUCGAAUUUUUUUCCAUUUUCUCAUUUAACAAAGACUGAACCAACGAGCCCCCCGCCAUUAGAGAGCAAUCCCCUCAACGCGAUGAUGGCUCAGUCGCUGGCACCGACUCAACCCAGAGAUCCGAUCUCGGCGUCUUCCAAUCUCCUCAUAAGCAAACCAACUAGCCAAUUAGACUAUUCGAAAUACGUUAGGAAAUACGCGUCUUCGCUGGAGUGCGGCAACUCCUACUGCAAGGACUUGAAUUACAGAGAACAUUUCCAUUGCCUCGACUGCAACUCACGGGUAUUCAUUAAAAAAGAGGAAAUGAUCAGGCAUUUCAAGUGGCACAAGAAAAGGGACGAGUCCCUGCAACACGGGUUCAUGCGGUACAGUCCUUUGGACGAUUGCGGCGACAGGUUCGAGAAUUGCACGCACAACAAGAAACAGACGCACUAUCAUUGCAUCAAAGAAGGAUGCGAUAAGGUUUACAUAUCCACUUCUGACGUGCAAAUGCACGCGAAUUACCAUAGAAAGGACUCGGCGAUCAUUCAAGAAGGCUUCCAAAGAUACAGGGCGACGGAGGAAUGCGGGGCUAGCUAUUGCGCCUUCUUCGGCCAAAGGACCACGCAUUUCCAUUGCCGAAGAAGCGGCUGUAGGUUCACAUUCAAAAAUAAAAGCGAUAUGGAAAAACACAAAUCCUACCACAUAAAGGACGAGCAGUUAUCCAGGGACGGUUUCAAAAAAUUCAUGAAAAACGAGAUGUGCCCGUUCGACAACUGCCGCUUCUCCAAAGUGUGCAACCACAUACACUGCAUCCGGCCGCAGUGCAGCUACGUGCUGCACUCCUCCGGGCAGCUGUUCUCGCACAAGCGCAAGCACGAGCGCAAGGACUCCGAGCUGGCGUACAGGAAGUACAAGCUGGCGCAGAGCAUGCUGAAGACGCUGACGGACGGGCCGGGCGCCGUGCCCGCGAACUUCGCCCGGGACUACGAGGCCCAGAUCGACAACCUCAAUUUGUCGUCCAUGUACCAGUCGACCAGCGGCAUGUCGAACAUGUCGAAUCUGUCCAACACGGAGAGCUUGAGCGAGACCAACUCGCCGGUGAGCUACGAGGAAUCCGAAUCGGCCUCGGCUAUGGACUUGAGCGCGAACGAAUCCUUCUUCGCGCACGAAGACAACAUUUCGUAUCACAGCGACGACUUUUGGCGGAAGUACUGCCAGUUCGUGCCUGAAAAUCAGUGUCCCAACGACAAGUGCGAGUACACAUUCGUCGAUCACUUCCACUGCUUCGUGGAUAAUUGCGAGAUGUCGUUCAAUUCGAAGGAGUCGGCUCGCGAGCAUUCUAGGAACCACGAGCAGCAGGAGAUGAUAACUGAGAACUACUUUACCACUGUGACAGUACAAAACGGCGGCUGUGAUGAUUCCUGCGUGUACCGGGACAAGGAGAAGCAUUACCAUUGCAACUGGGAGAACUGUCGGGAGGUUAUUCUGCCCGUGGAUAAACCGUUCAGGAGGUUGGAGCAUUACAAAAUGCACGAAUAUUCCAAGAAGCUGAGCUACACUAAAGAUCCCUUGACGAUGACGCAUCUGUCCAGUUCAAUAGACGGGAUGUUUUGCAGGAAGAGAGGAAGACCUCCGAAAAAUCGCGUCAUUGAAGUUUGGAAUGACUACAACUCUAUGGGUUCCCAAAGCCUCAUGGACAGUCCUCAAGCAAUUUUCACUAGCUUUAAAUUACCUAAACCAUCAGCGACUCCUUCGAGCAGCAAAGAAAUGGAACAGCAAGAUUCCAACGACGAAACAUCGAGCACACACAGUCAAUCGAAUCAAGAUUAUUCGCUACAAGGUUUCGAAAUGUUUAACGAAAAUUCCAAGUGCCCGGACAAUCUUUGUCCGUACUUGGGUUCAUCUCACUUUCAUUGCAUUCAAAACCGCUGCCUCUACGUCACCGACAAGGAAGACACGCUCCUCAUCCACGCUAAAGAUUUCCACGACAACGUGGAAAUACUGGACGGGUUCGAAUUCUACGAUAGGAACGUGGAUUGCAGGCUUUUGGGUUGCACCAGCAACAGAACCAACAGGCAUUUCCAUUGCACCAGGCCGGGAUGCAACUUCUCGUUCGUCCAGUAUUCAACCAUGGCCGUGCACAAGCAGAAGCACGAAGAUGAGGCGAAUUUGAAUAGCUUGCAAAAGCCGGAAAUUAGAGUGAAGAGCGAGGCUCAGUUAACUGAGCAACGAUCAGAGACUACUGAUGGUCAAUUCAAAGCUAUGAAUCUGAGCCAGGCGGCUGAAAAUAAGGUUUCAGUGGUGAAGGCAUCAGGGACUUUCUAUCCUUUAUCUACAUUGCCUACAGAAAUUCAAAAAUCACCAGAAUAUAAAACUAUCGUCUCAGAACCGCCCCAACCUCACGAGUUGCUACCUCAAACAACUGGCAGUAAUACCCUUUACGGUCCCGAAUUGUGCUGCUCCCGACCGUUCUGCAAAUUGAAAAGGAAAUACCACUACCACUGCAACGCCUGCAAUCAAGCUUUCAGCGAAUUGGACCGGCUGGUGACGCACGUGGCGAAGCACAGCUCCGGCGCGUUGAGCAGCCAAAACCAGGAGGAAUCGUCGCCUCAAUCCUUCAGCCCGCCAUCACCUCAAACGCCAAUAUCAAGCGCUGCAACCAAAUCAACAACAGAAAGCAAAAUCAGCGUGGCGCCGCUGCAAUCCCUGCAAAACCCGCCGUUGAAGAAGGACGCGCACGAGCCUUAUUUAACUCCCACGUUCGACGCCUACAACCACUUCAACAACUUCCCGGCCAACCUGCAAUUCGCUUUAAUAUCGCAGCAGCAACAGAUGCAGAACCCGUUCUUGUCGCAGAACAUCUACCAGAACCACCAGCUGAUGUUCCAGCACGCCCAGCUGAUGCAGAGCCCUCUGCUGGCGCCUCAGAACCCCUAUCCCAGCGAAAACAUGACCAGUCCUCUAGUCGCGAUGGCCGCCAACUUGAACAAGAGAGCCUUGAGCCCUCACGAUAUGAAUCCCGAAGCAAAGAAAGCGAGAAUACAAAACUCGAUGAGGAUAUUGAAAGACGAGCCUGUUCCUGAAGGGUACCUAAGAUUUAGGUUUAACGAAGAUUGCCAGUACCAGCAUUGCGGGUAUCGGGAGCACCAGACGCAUUUCCACUGCCAAAGGCAGGAUUGCGGGUACAGUUUCUGCGACAAAACGAGAUUCGUGCAGCAUACAGCCAGGCACGAAAGACUCGACACGCUGAUGGGCGGAGAUUUCCAGCAAUACCGGGCCAACGUGGCUUGCGGUAGGAUGGAUUGUACCUAUACAGCCAAUUUGGGAUCUACGCAGAACAAGGCUUCGCACUUCCACUGCUUGAAGUGCGACUUCGUCUGCACGGACACCAACAAAGUGGUGGCGCACAGGCGGCAGCACCAGAAGCUGGACUCGAUCCAAGCGGCCGGGUUCGAGAAGUUCACGCCGAGCCAGAUCUGCCGGGUGCCGAACUGCCAGCACAGCGGCAAGCAGACGCACUACCAUUGCCUGCAGUGCCAGUACGCGGUGUUGGGGCUGGCGCAGAUGUCGGCGCACAAGUACAGGCACUUGGAGUAGCUCGGCGCCGGAGAGGCCGGUUAGAGUACAAAGAUAAUUGCGUCGAAUUCGAACGUCCGCCCGGUUGGAGAAGACUCUGAAUGGCAGGGUUGGGCGAGUCGAGAAAUUCUGUUUCUGUCUAUUUUUCGAAUUAACUCGAGUCGACUAGGUGAUUUUUUGAAUCCGAUAUAAGCGAGUAGUAGGCAGAAAUGUAUGUGAUGUAAAUAUUAAUGAUGACUAUAUUAGUUUUUUUCUAUGGGAUGAUUUUGAUUUUAAUUAACCUAGCGUUUGUUUUUAUAAAUUUGGACUUUAAUUGUAAACUUAAAUGGAGUCAUUCUAAAAGAUUUUAUCCAAAUUUAAAAAAAAAUAUCGUACCUAUUGUGAGUAUUAAAGUACCUAUUUAUAAAUAAUGUAUAUAGUGUGCAUGUACAAAAACAAUUCUUCAAUUUUUGUAAAUUAUUUGUGUAUAUAGGUAUACUUAAAGAGCAAUUAACUCGGAAAAUGAGACGAAAAUAAAAAACUACUUUCGAAAAAAAUUUCGUCACUAACUGACUGAAUUAACUUAAAGUUGUAAAAAUAGAAAAUCCAAUGAUGUAUUUACUUACAAAAAAAUAGGAACAAUUCAGUUAAUUCGUUCUAAAUGAUUUUUUUAAUUGAAUUUAUAAGUAUUUAUUAAACAAUUUAAUAAAACAAGCAACUUUGUUUUCAAAUUGUAAUUGAAAUUCCUAUUUUUUAUAUAACGAAGAGCUAUUGUAGAAGUCGAUUGUAGAGAAGUCAAUUUGUAUUAGUAGAAAUUUAAUUUUUCAAUAAUUGCCGUGAUAAAUUCCGACAAGUACAAAUUGAAUUAUUAACAUAGAUUAAAAAUCGAACGAUAGUUAUUUUUUAAUUUGUAAUAGGGAACAAAUUAUAACGCGAAAAGACAUUAGUUUUCUAGAUUAGAAAAAAAUUAGCAAUAGAGGCCUUUUCUGAUAGUUAGUGCCUUAGAAAAGACAUAUAAAUUUCGGUGCCUUUUUGGGUACACUUUUGGUAGACAUUUUUUAGAAGUUUUUGAAAGAAAUACGUCAUUCCAUAUAUAUUAUAUACCGAUUGUGCCAUAUUACAGUUAUUUACAAAUUAUAGCAGAUUGACCUAAAAUAAUUUACACCAAAAACAGUUUAGUGUAAAAUAUUUUCGGACGUAUUUAACAGAUUUUCAGAGUUUAGAUUAAAUUUAUAUGUAACUUGUGUCAUAUUCAAUUUUUCCAUUUUUAUUUAUCAUUAUUUUCAGCAACUAUUUAUUUUGCUAUGUUGCAUCUUUUUUUUGUAUAUUUUCCUUAGUGAAUUUUUAUGCCAUAUUUUGCAAUAGUUUGUAGACUCAACAUUUUUUUCUUUUGUAGCUAGUCUGUUUUUUCUUUAUCUUCGCUUUAUUUUAACUAUUUUUAUUACUUUUUAAAAUAUGUAAUUUUUCAAUCAUAAAAAUGAUUUUAAAAAUGACUACAGAGUCGGUUUUUUAUUAUGUAAGCUAAAUUUAUGAAAAUUGUAUGUAUGUUUAUGAUUAUUUUAUUUUACGAGUGUAUUUUAUGUUAAAUCUCUGUGAUUGUAAGAAUUAAAAAAUAUCAGUAUUUAUGUCAGAACUUCUUUCUAUAUCCUUUCAUUUAAUUCUUUGUCAACUAAUCGAGAAGAGUCUAAAGAAGUCAUUUUUGGAGGUAUUGGCAAUAAGGAGUUGAUUUGUAUCGUACUUAAAACCA